CCUUGCUAAUGGCUCACCCAAGUCCCUCCUCUUAUUUGUUCUUUAUCUUCUCCUUUAAAUUCUUCCUCCUGUCCUGUUCUCGAUCAAAUUAUAGGACCAGGCAACCAAAUCAACUUUCAAAUAAAGCUAACACAACUAUUUACGUCCAAACUUUAGAGCUUUAAUCCUUCAUACCAUGAGCACCAAAACCACAAAGUCCUAUCAUGAAGGGGCCUACCUGUCCCUGAUGAAAGGCUUGAAAGAGCUGGACCUCAAUGGCCCGUGUGUUCCCUGUGACCUGGUGCUGAAUGGAGACCAUGCCUUUCCUUUAGCAAUCGACAGCCAAGGCCAGGUCUUGAUGGCAGCCUCUCGGUACGGCAGAGGAAGGAUUGUGGUCCUCGGUCACGAGGGCUACCUGACCACUUUUCCUGAUCUGGUAGAGAACGCUGUGACCUGGCUGAGAGGAGAAGGAUCUGACAACCUCACUGUGGGGGUCAACAAUUAUGUCAAGGCUGUCGCUGAUAACCUCAUCAAAUCUGGCUUCAAAGCCAAAGUUGUUGGGUCCUUUAGUGACAGUAGGGAAGUUGGUGUCUAUGUGACAGAUGCCUAUGGCGUGGAAGCAGGCGCAAAAGAUCUGGUGGCAUUUCUGAAAGCUGGAGGAGGAGUGCUGAUAGCAGGUCAGGCAUGGCACUGGGCUUCAACCAAGCCAAAAGAGAACACACUGCUACAAUUCCCAGGGAAUAAAGUGUCUGGUGUGGCAGGGAUCUACUUUACUGCGCAUUGUGGGAAGGUAGAGAUCCUGCCUGUCUACCCUCAGAUCCCAUCCUCAUGGAUCACUUUACGUGUUCGUAAAAAUGUUGAGGAAGACCUGAAGAUCUUGCUCCAGGGUGUUUCAGAGUUUGACCUCACCGAUGAUAUAUUUGGUUCUGAGGCACUGGUCCAUGGCCCGUUAGCCUUCCCCAUUGGUACCACUGAGGAUGGACGGCCGUUUCUUGCAGGAAGCUACUAUGGACGGGGGCGGGUUGUUGUGAUAACACAUGAAGCGCCUCUGACGUCACAUCAACUGGCUCCUUUCUGGAAAAAUGCCAUCGAUUGGUUGGACCAAGGCAGGAAGGGGGUCAUUGGUGUUCAGCCUAACCACAAUCUUCUCAGCAAGUCAGGGUUAAAGUACAAGGAGACGGCGUUCAGGACAGACCUGAGCGUAUUUGUGUGUAGAGCGUACGACAAUCAGCCUGUGGAGGAGAUCCAAGACUUUGUAGCAGAGGGAGGAGGCCUGCUGAUUGGUGGGCAUGCAUGGUACUGGGCACAGACACAUCCUGGAAAAAACCCAAUAACAGAUUUCUCAGGAAACAAGAUCCUGAACACAUUGGGCUUGAGCCUUAUGGCGGCAACAAUUCCAGGAGGUUCCUACAAGGCUACUGUGCCCAGCCAUGAAAUGACGUACACCUGCCACUUUCGAAACCUCCUACGCAGCUUUGCUGGUCAUGUUACACAAGGCAAAGAACUCUCCAAGCAUGAGGGAAAACAACUUGAAAAACUGGGCCUGGAGUGCAGCAACUUCCUGAUGAUGAAGUCUUAUGACAGCUACUCCUACACACAGGUGCUGUCCAUCCUCACUGACAUUGUGAAGAAGUCCGGCAUGCCACAGGUGAGUGAGGAAAACCCUGUAAAGAGUCCAAAAGACCACUUGCUCCUCAGAUUGGGGAAAGAGGUCUAUGAUGUAUCCCCAGAUCCGGAAGCUCUCCUUUCGUACCUUAUCAAGGAUAAUCACAUGCCUUUCGUCUAUAACCGAAAGCUGAGGAUAAGCACUAUCACAGCAGAUGAGAAUGAGUGGAUCAGUACAGGUCUGUACCUCUCUCCUGGUAUGAAGACAGAGAUGAUCCUACCAGCAAACAUCGUCAACAAGAACUGGAUGAUCCAGAUAGGUUGCCAAACAGACUACUUGCCUCAGGAUGAGUUGAAGAGAGCAAGAUCUGUGUGUGAGCUAUUUCCUGUCACAGCAGAGAAGAUGCAGGUGUGGAACCUGUGGGGGGGACUCAUCUACCUGGUGGCUCCACCCAACACAAAGGUGGAGGGGGCGGAGGUCAUGGUGCAGAUUGCUAUGCCUGCUCCUUACUACAAGUCUGGUGUCACAACAGCAGCUGAUUGGUUGUCGCUGCGCACAGCUCCAGCACCCUGGGCAGAGUUUGAGUUUGACAACAUCAUCCUUACCGUACCAUCAGAUGUUGUUAGAAAGUUGGAGCGUCCUGAUGAGGUGGCAGCGCUGUGGAAUGACAUCAUGAAGGGCAUUGCAGAUCUGGCUGCUAAACCAAACACAUUUUCCCGCAAAGAACGUUUUGUGGCAGAUGUGCAGAUUUCUGCUGGUUGGAUGCAUGCAGGCUAUCCCAUCAUGAUACACACAGAUUCAGCUACAGAGCUCUUCAGACCAGAUUCUGCCAAGACUGCAGGCCUGUGGGGAGAAGUUCAUGAACUGGGACACAACCAACAGAGAAGCUGCUGGGAGUUCAGACCACACACCACAGAGGCCACAUGCAACCUGUGGUCAGUGUAUGUGCAUGAAGAGGUGCUGGGGCUCAAAAGAGAAAAGGCUCAUCCAUCGAUGAUCUUGACAAAUCGGAAGAAUACUGUAGAUAAGUAUGUUAAGGGAGGCAAGAAUCUCAGCGACUGGAAUGUGUGGACGGCCCUGGAGACAUACCUGCAGCUCCAAGAAAGGUUUGGCUGGGAUGCCUUUAAGAAGGUGUUUGCUGCCUACCAACAGAUGAGCAACUUUCCCAGCGAGAACGAUGCAAAGAUGAACCUGUAUGCUGAGACCUUCUCCCAGACUGUGGGGAUGAACCUGUCUGCGUUCUUUAAGGCCUGGAGCUGGCCCAUCGACAGAGCCACUGAGGAGAUACUCAGCAACAUGCCUCCCUGGAGCGACCACCCCAUGGUCCAGUAUGACUGAACUUCCAACUGCAGCGGAGUUCAUUCCAGAGCGAUUUGUGUUAUAACUGGCAUUCAUUUGGGUAACAGGGUUUAUUGUAAUAGUUGUACUAGUGAUUUAACCUAAUAGUGAAACGAUGAUAAUAACUAAACUCAAAUUGAAAAAAUAUAUUCUUCAUAAAAAAUUUAACAGAUUACAAUUACACUUCUAUGAUUAUUCAUGAAAGCUCUAAAACAUGUUGACUCCCCCUUGCAGCUUAAAGCAGUUUAAUACAGCUGGUUAGUCUGUAAAUCACAGACACUCCAUAGAGCUGUAGAGAUGGGUGAUUAUUAUCUUUAUAUUCAUCAUUAUGAGCAGAUACUUUUUACUUAUGCAGAUUAAUGUGGCUCACUGUCAAUAAAAAUGCAACAAAAUAAGCAGCUUUAUCUUUUUCAGCAACAAUAAUACAAUUGGUAAUUGUUUCAUUAGAUUUAAGGCACUAUUAUGAAAGCCACCUUAAGUACUUAAUUCAGGGUCAUUUAACUCAAAUACCAUCAGAGAUAUGUUUCUUGUUGGGAUCAGUAAGAUGUGUAUUUCAUUGAUGGAUUUCUUUAUAAUAACUUCAUAUUUUCCAGUUGUAUACAAUUGAUGACAAAUAAACAGUUAUUUCAUCCCUG